AAAUAAGUUCCUUCUCUCUCUCUCCUCUUGAGGAGGGCCUUGCUUCACGGAGGUUGCUAUAGCGACAGCGUCCUGGCAACAACUCCCAGCUGCUGCUUUGCUUCUCCUUCUCCGAGGCCCAGCCAAGAAGAGCCGAGGGGGCUCCUCGGUUGCCACGCUCCUCGGUUGCCGCGGUGGAAGCAGGAAAUCAGCAACAGAGGGGCACCAGUACACCCCAGCUUCAUCCUGGGAAGCCUUUAGGUGUGGCUGCUGACCUGAAAAAUACCUACACCCCCCAAACAAGAAGUGUAGUCAAAUAUGCUGCUAUGAUACUCAGAAGCAGAUUUGGGGCACUCCAGCCCUGCCCUAACCAGACCCAGGCAUAAAUUCUUGGAAAGAGAGGAUGGCACAGCGAAGCCCGAUAUUCUCCACACUCGGCCCAACUGAAAGACGAAUCCGGAACAUUCCCCUCCACAGCCAAGCUCUGACGGCCAUUCCUCUUGGGUCAGCGAGACUCGUGGACCAGCUAGAAGACAGGAUUCUCAGCCAUGAGAAGACGACAGCCGCCCUUGUGGAACACGCUUUUCGCAUCAAGGAAGACAUUGUUUGCACGCUGCAUAGGAUGCAGAACAAAGGCGGAGGGGACCGGCUGGCCAGGCAGCUCUUGGAGGAGCACAUCCGCAACAUCACAGCCAUCGUCAGGCAGCUGAACCGGGACAUUGAGGCUCUACAGGAACAGAUCCGUGUCAGGGAUAACCUCAGUUACGGAACGAAUUCGACACUGAAGAGCCUGGAGAUGCGUCAGUUAUCUGGUCUGGGAGAUCUCAGAGGUCGGGUUACAAGGUGUGAUACUGGGUUAGCCAGAUUGUCUGCUGAACACAAAGUUACCUACGAAAGACUACAGAACCUAAGCAAAGAUCAGCAGGCGACCAAGUUGAUACUGGAGUCCAAAAUAAAAGAAGCAGAAAUACAGAUUUCUCACCUUUUGAGCAGAAUAGAGCAGUCAAUCAUGCAACAGGAAGCCAAACUGAAGCUCACAUAUAAAGAGAGCAACCAACAGCUCCACCUUCUGGACACAAAAUUACAGGAUGCCAUUGAUUACCUCAGUAACCAGAUCUCAUCUGCACGAAGCUGGAUGGAACAGGAGCAUGACCGGUUUGAGAAAGAGUUUCUGGAGAAGAUUGAUCAGCUGUCCCUGGCCAUUAAGGAAAAAAGUGAAAUGGACAGCAGGGCCUUAGAGAUGCAAUUCAGCGAGAUCCAAGGGAAACUUAAUAAAAUGGAAGACGGGCAAAAGAUCACCACGGAAGAACACGGAGCAAAGAAGACCGAAGACAGAAUCAACAUCCAGCUCAGCAAGCUUCAGAUGGAUAUUAAUGAAGAUAUAAAAGAGGUGAAAGCCGAGGUUAAUGCUGGAUUUGCAACCAUCUAUGAGAGCAUUGGAUCUCUGCGGCAGGUUCUUGAAGCCAAAAUGAAACUGGAUAAGGAAGAGCUGCAGAAGCAGAUUCAGCAAAUGAAGUAAAGGCAUCUGAAUGCAGCUCACCUGAGCAGCUGGAAGAAAAAUGGAUCUGGUCUGCCUAUAAUGUUGAUCCAGGCUGCGAUAUAAAUCUGAUGGAUGGACAGAGCUAUGUGCUCCCAAUCUUGUGGAGCUGUAUGGUUACUGUAAAUAGUAAAAAGACAGCAUUGCUAUCAAAAAUACUUUUUACGGAAGACCUGUGAGGACCACUGCCCUGUAACUCCAGAUCUAAGCUCCAUUGACUCCAAAAGAGCUGUCUCACAUAACUUGGGUCACAGAUUUUUGUCAGGGCCUCCAAAUGCUUGAGCAGAGCCAUGUAUUCCAACAUGCUGAAGGAUGCAAGAUCUCUAGUCUGCAAUUCAGGUCAAUUCAAUCAGUUUCAUUCACUACCAUGGGACUGAAUUGGAUUUAAAUCUGCGCACUUUGGCCAUCGUUGAGUUCCGUUGUGAGACAUAAAAGUGCUAAUCUAUAUUCCACUAAAUUCAAGAACAAAAAUCCACCGGAGAACAUCCAGAAUCAAUCAGCUGGCAGUCAUUGUGAGGAUCCACCAGAACAGGUGUUUGCAACACAGCCUUCUGCUGAAGGUCUAAUGCUCUAUUGCAUGUUACGGUCCUCCGUUGGUUUCACAGUUGUAUAUCCUGCCUUGUUUAAUUUAUUUAUUUAAGACAGGGAUGGGAAACCUGUGGUGUCUUUCCAGAUACUGUGGGACUCCAACAGCCCCCCCUAUCCCUGAUCACUGGCCAGGCUGGCUGCUGGGAGUAGGGGGCCCAUCUCUUUAUUUACGUACCGCUUCUCAGCAAACCCCAGAAAGCGGUUUUACAUAAAAAUGUUAAAACAAUAAGUAUUAAUUAAAACCACGUACACGUAAAAGAGACAAGCUACAGGGAAAGAAAACUUUUUGAAUGUGAGAUCUCUCCUUGCCUCUGGACAGGAUAGUUCUUGGCCAUCCUUCUGUAGGUGGUUCUUGAGGGGAAGAGAGGCCACCUCAGCUUGCAGGGCGUGAUGCGGCGAUUGCCCAAGCUGCUCUGUCCAUUUUCCAUGCAAGGUAUUGAGAAGGUUACAGUAUUAUUGCAAAAGGUUUGGGGCUUUCGCCAUGAAAAUCGUCUCUUAAAGCUCAAUCCACAGAAAACCUGAAUUGACAUUUGCUCCAAUUCAGCUUUAAACAGCAGGUUUUCAUAGGGAAAGCUCAAGGGAAAACAAGAACAAAACACUCAGACAGGGAGCGUUAAAGCUUCGACCUCUGCCUGGAAGGGCAGAGCAAAAGGUAAGCGUGGAUAAGCCCUGUCUGUUCCCAGGAUCCUUAAUUUCCCCCUCCUCCCCUUCUGGGCUGCUCUCUCUUGCAACUCUUGCAUCUUCUUGUGUCUUAUGCCUUCCUCCUGGCUCCCUCAGUCUCUUAUUCCUGCCUUCAGAGCUUUUGCCUUUCUCCCUGGCUAAACUGCUCAGGUCUUUGCCAUCCUCCUGCCAGGCCCUCUGUCAUGGUAGGCUACCUCAUCCAAUCACUGCCAGAGGCCUCAUGGCCACUUGCUUUCCACACAGGAGACGCCAGGGCCAAUUCCCAGAAGCCUCUUUGAUUAGAAAAGUAUCAGUUAAUAGGAUGAUAGGCAGCAACUUUCCGGGGGUUUCAGGCAGGGAGUCUCUCUCAGUCCAACUGGAGAUGCCAUGAGGACCUCCAUUGGACCUGAGACCUCCUGCAAGCAGAGCAGGUGCUUUGCUGCUACCCCUUCCCCAAGUUCACAAGUCAAAGGGAAGACAUUUUGCUCUCAGAAACUCUGGAGAACCAUAAGCUGCUCAGAAAGGACAACACUGGCCUAGAGGCAGCUGUGUAUGUCCACCGCCACCAAAUCCCCUCGUCUGUUAUGAGACCCCACUGCUCCUCAAAAAGCUCUCCAAGCCGUCUAGCCCAAGAUUAUCAAACUCCUGCCUUACUUUCUCUUGGACAGUGUGAGAAAACCUCUUGGCCUGAGAGCUGAAUGGCCUCUUGGCCAACCCUCCAAGGGACAGAGGCCACAGUGGGCAUGGCCAAACCACACAUGUACAACACACAUGUACUUGCAUGCAAAGAGCAUGCACACUAAUUAUGCAUUCCCUCCGCUCCCCUCCCCCCAGCAAUUAGGCUGAAAAAGGGUAUUUUGGCCUCUUUCAAGCCAAACUGCUGGAGGAGGCAGAGGUGUUCUUCCUGGAGGCUGCAGGAAGCAGGUUGCUCCAUCCAUCCUGCAACAAUUGGGCUUGGUGGGGAGGGACAGAAGACAGGAGCCAGCAGAAGACUUUUUUCUAAGCCUAAUUUUGUCAUGGGGGCUGUUUUCAGCAAUGGGGGGUCUCUGUUCAAUGGGAGGGGAGUCUAGGGCUAAUGCAGCAAUGGGCUUCUAUACCCAAGCAUGUAAAAUUUAUAUAUAGCCAUGGAUAAUUGCUGCUGGAGAAACCAGAGCCUGCUUUUUUUAAUGCCGAGACCAAAUCUAUGCAUUUUGAAGCCCCAUUUAUUUUUCACUGAGGAAUUAAACACACCUGCAACCAGGGCUGGCCCAAUGUAGAUGUUUAUCACCACCCCUGUUCCUGAUGUAAAUCUUUACUCACCCCUUAUUCCCUGGCGGGGGUGAGGGAACCAUUUUGUGGUUCGCCUCAAGGCAAACAUGUCUUGGGCCAGCCCUGCCUGCAGCUGUUUCCCACUGAAAUCAGAGAUACUUAAAACUGCACUGUCACGGCAAACCUUCGGUUUGUGUUUGAGCCUUUCUACAGGACCCUUUCCCUGCUGUUUUCAGCCAGAACAGCAGGUGACUCUGUACAGGUGCUUUGGCAAGCAAGUAUUUUGACAAAACGACCUUUCACUUUAUUUCACGCCCCCCCCCCUUUUCUCUCUCUUGUGUUUCAUUAAGAUUAAGGGUCAAUUUUUUGUAAUAUCGCAUGGUGCUGCUGGAUAUUGUGCAACAUUUCCUUCUGAUUUAUAAGAGUACAGUGGUACCUCGGGUUACAUACGCUUCAGGUUACAGACUCUGCUAACCCAUAAAUAGUACCUUGGUUAAGAACUUUGCUUCAG